AAUUGUACAACUGGCGUUGAUGUUUAUUGAAUUUGCUGGUUGAAUAUGGAUAUUGGCGAACUGUUGGCAUUUAAACCCGAGCAGACGCCGAAGCGACCACAUGAAGACGACGAUGAUUUCGCGCUGCCAGAGCCGGCGACCAGCGAUAUUGGAAAACGGGGCGGCGGCGGCGGCGAUGAAAAGGCUAAGCGAAUGCGUCGCAUUGCGGAGGCAAAGGAAACAGCCAACUACAAGAAGCCACAUGACGGCACAUCUGGAUCAGGUUCAGCCGCGAGCAGCUCAUUUGAAUUUGAUCCAGAGUUAACGGAGGAGGAACGUCUCAACAUACUGAAAUAUGUGGAAAGCGAAGAGGCCGAGGGCGAUGCGCUAGACGAGCAAGGCCUUAAAAAGCUCAUACUCGUGUUCGAGAAGCGAAACCUGAAAAAUCAAGAAAUGCGCAUAAAGUUCUCCGAUAAUCCGGAAAAAUUCAUGGACUCGGAACUUGAUCUGCACACGGUAAUACAGGAGCUAAAAGCAGUCGCCACAGUGCCAGAUCUUUAUCCGCUGCUCGUCGAGCUGCAUGGUCUGCAUAGUCUGCUCGAGCUGUUGGCACAUCAAAACACAGACAUUGCUGUUGCGGUCGUCGAUCUGUUACAAGAGGUCACGGAUGUAGAUAUUCUGGGUGAAAGCAGCGAGGGAGCAGAGGCGUUAAUCGAGGCCUUGCGUAAGGAGCAAAUCUGUGCCUUACUGGUCCAGAAUCUAGACCGCCUUAACGAGCAGGUCAAGGAAGAAGCCGAUGGCGUGCACAAUACGCUCGCUAUUGUUGAGAACUUGACCGAAAUAGAUAGCGAGUUUGUGCGCGAGGCAGCCACACAGGGUCUACUGGCUUGGUUACUUAAGCGGCUCAAGGGCAAAUCACCCUUUGACCCAAACAAAUUAUACUGCAGCGAGAUAUUGUCCAUACUGAUACAGACAGAAAACGAUAAUCGUCUGCUGCUAGGCACACUGGACGGUGUGGACGUAUUACUGCAGCAGCUAGCCGUAUACAAGCGUCACGAUCCGGCCAGCAACGAGGAGCAGGAGUAUAUGUCGAAUCUGUUCAAUUGUAUGUGCUCGGCGCUAAUGGCACGCGAGAACCGCGAUAGAUUCCUCAACGGUGAGGGUCUGCAGCUCAUGAAUCUGAUGCUACGCGAAAAGAAAAUGUCGCGUAAUGGUUCCCUAAAGGUGCUCGAUCAUGCCAUGGCCGGCCAGGAUGGACGAGAGAAUUGCAACAAGUUUGUUGAGAUUCUUGGUCUACGCACCAUUUUUCCGUUAUUCAUGAAAACGCCCAAGCGAAAUAAGCAACGCCUUCUCUCCGUGGACGAGCACGAGGAGCAUGUGUGCUCUGUGAUUGCCUCUAUGCUGCGCAACUGCAAGGGCACACAGCGUCAGCGUAUGCUGGCCAAAUUUACUGAGAACGAUCACGAGAAGGUUGAUCGCCUGCUGGAGCUACAUCUCAAGUAUUUGGCUAAGGUGGAGGCCAUCGACAGAGAAAUCGACCAGCAACCCAAGGAUGCCAGCAUUGACGAAGAUGAAGAGGCCGAAAACAAUUACAUAAAGCGUUUAACAGGUGGUCUGUUUACGCUGCAGCGCAUCGACUACAUCCUGCUGGAGGUCAGUGCCACCACGGAAACGGUCAAGCAACGCGUCCUACAAAUUCUUAACUUGCGGGGCGCCUCUAUGAAGACAAUUAGGAAUAUAAUGCGAGAAUACGCUGGCAAUUUGGGGGACGGCGACACCGACUGGCGAGAACAGGAGCAGACACAUAUACUUUCUCUAGUAGAUCGUUUCUGAAGCAGCUCUCUCCCCCUACAAUGACCAGCUAUUAUAAAGAAAUAA